AUGGAUAUUCCCUCGAUACCAGAUGACCCGAGUAGCCUCCCCUUGACGGGGACGUCGGCGUUCGUCGGAGAACCCCCCUCAACUCAGAAUGAUUAUUUCAUCGUCAAGGGUCUCUUCCGCAUGGCCGGAAUGACGACUGCCAACCCGAUGACGGGUUAUUCCCUCGUCGCCAAGCAACCUCCCGACUACUCCCACGAGACGAAGUUGCCCGGCGUUUUGGCAGGCCUCGUUUUCGUUAUCCUAGCUGUUGUUGCGCCCACAGUUGCAAGAGCAUGGCUUAGGUUGCGAAGAGGUUCGGUCAUGCAGUUCGGCUGGGACGACUGGACCAUCAUCGUCGCUGCUCUUGUAGCUCUCGUUUACCCAAUCGCGCAACUUCAUUCCCUCGCAAUCGGUGCAGCUUCCCUCCAUGUCUGGGAAGUCACUUACGAACAAUUCAACAACGGCGUCUUAUUGGCCAUGGUUUCCAAGACAGCAUUCUUCGCUGCCGUGGGUAUGAUUAAGCUCUCCAUAGCAACUUUCAUGCGAAGACUAGCGGACAGACUCCCGAGGUGGUGGCGAAUCGCAUGCGACAUUUUCAUCGGAUCGACUUUUGCAUACAUCUUACUCGCCAUCUUCCUAAACAUCUUUGCAUGCAGUCCGCCGGCAACGCAGUGGAACCUGGCAACCCGUGGAAGACGAGAGUCAGCUCCUUCGUGUAUCAACAUGGAAAGCCAGUCAAAGAUUCUGACCGGCUUUCAUGUGGCCCAGGGGCUCAUCUUGAUGACCGCGCCUGCGGUUAUACUGUGGAAAAUCAGGAUGGGAAUGACAAAGAAGAUUCGACUGUUCGCAAUCUGGAUGAUUGGUGGUUUAGCAGUUUUGAGUGGUUUACUGCAUCAGAUUCUCCCUACGCUCACUAAAGACUACACUUGGGACUAUACCGAAGCCCUGCUAUGGGCAUGCCUGGACUUGUCGUUAGGAGUUGUGACAGCUUCACUACCGGUAUUGGACAGCUUGAUGGAAGAGUACUGGAGAAGGGCGAAGACCACCAUGGUCAAAUCAUACGGCGGAAAUGCCUCAUCCCUAUCAAGAACCAGCGAAGAUAGCGCAUGGCCUUACACGAAGACUGCAGGCACAGACAAGAGUCGGAAACAUGCGGCGAGGUCUCCUAUCACCAACAUCACAAUCUCGAUGGAACGCUCAGAGUCUAGGGAGAGCAUCGUAAAGAGGGAGGAGUAUCACGAAACCAAGGUUGGCGCGAUCGAAAUGGGCAUCUUAUGCACUCAAGAGAUUGAAGUGCAUGUCUCUGAUGCGGAUGAUGUGGAAAAGGGCCGGGCGGAAAGUCGUGGACCAAGGUCACCAUCACCAUUUUACCACAAUAGGCCAGAGUGGCACGAUAACUCAUACAAGUUCUAA